ACUCACACACACACGCACCCGCACUCACACACACACACACACACACACGCACCCGCACUCACACACACACACACACACACACGCACCCGCACUCACACACACACACACACACACACACGCACCCGCACUCACACACACACACACACACGCACCCGCACUCACACACACACACACACACACACACACACACACACACACACACACACACACACACACACACACACACACACAGAGACACACCCCAAACUCAGAUCAGCAGCUGUAGGAGUCGUUUGAACUCAACACCCUCAACAUUAAACACAGCAGAAGGGAAAAGAGUCGCCACGUAAAGGAAGUGAAGAAGAAGGAGAAGCUUUUUCUUAUUCCUGAUUUGGAAAAUUCUGAAGUUUUUAUUUCUACAAUAAUAACAAUAAAAGAGAGAGAGAGAGAGAGAGAGAGAGACUCAUCUAUCCAGCAAAAUGUCAGUUGCUGUGUCUAAUAGCUGUGUUGUGUUUUUUGUCCUCGUCUCCAUCCUGUCUCUCACUCACGUCUCAUCUACAGACACUGAGAUCUUCAACGACUUCACUUUUCCACCAAACACUGAGAUCUUCAACGACUCCACUGUUUCAAAACGUUCUCGCGGGUUCAUCAUCACAAACGAAACUAUUGCAGAAAAGGAGAAGAAGCAAAUUCAAGCAGCCACCACGGUUCUCCUGGUUCCUCUUCUCUACCUCAUCUCAUUCGUAUUUGGUUUCCCCUCUAACCUUCUGGCGCUGUGGGUUCUUCUCUUCCGCACAAAAAAGUUUCCAUCCACCAUUCUGUUAGUGAACCUCACCUGCUGCGACCUUCUUCUUCUCCUCAUGCUUCCCUUUCGCAUCAUCUACCACUUCCAGGGAAACAACUGGAUGUUUGGCGAAGGCUCCUGCCGCUUGCUAAUCGCUCUGUUUUAUGGGAACAUGUACGGCUCGGUGGUUUGCCUGGCGCUCAUCGCUGUGGACCGUUACAUGGCUGUGGUGCAUCCGUUUGGUGCCAGAAUGCUACGGAGCGUCAAGACGUCCAUGUUGAUGAGCGUGAUGGUGUGGACCAUGGUGCUGAUUGCAGCUGUCCCUAUGCUCACUUCACGUCAAUCUUACUUCAUCAAAGACCUUUCGAUCACAACUUGCCAUGACGCUCUUCCUGAAGAGGAACAGAAGAAGUACAUGGUGCCAUAUUUUGCCACACUCUUCUUCCUCUGCUUUCUCAUCCCGCUAUUUGUUGUUGUCUUCUGCUACAGUGCUGUACUGCGCACCCUAGUGGCCGCUGGUGCUCGCUACACCCACGCAACCCGAGUCACGGCACUCAUGUUGGUGGUUUUCAUCGUCUGCUUGCUCCCCAGUAACGUUCUCCUGCUCAUGCAUUACUCCAAAUGGUUAUACUCACCUAAGAGCACGAAAGGUCAUGAUGGUAGCUCUGACAACUCCGACCAACUCUACGUGCCCUACAUGAUCAGUCUCGCUAUCAGCACCUUUAACAGCUGCAUCGACCCCUUUAUCUUCUACUAUGUCUCCGAGGACUUUAGAGGAAAAGUGGGAAAGUUGCUGUGCUGCACAAAAAACAGCUACGAAUCUUCUUCUGGAAGUUCCUCAGGGACGACAAGGUCAAAGGUCACGCUGUUGUCGGAAAAAAGUAAAGGACUUUCAGAGAAAGAUACCAUAAACUUGUAAAGUGGUCAAGGGGAGGAGUCACGAUGACAAGAAUGUAGAUAAAAAUUAAACACUCGACUUUAAAAUGAGUUCGUAGAGCUUUUGUUAGUGAGCUGCCAGGCAUUGUAUCUUGUUUGCACCUGUGCUAGCAUGCUAUGUAGCUACAUAUCUAAUAACAAAGUGCAUUUAUAAAUAACUAGCAUGCUAAGUCUAAAGUUAGUUUACAGUAAUCUCAAAACAAAAGGAUAAAGACACUGAUUUUAACCGUAAAGGCGUAAAACUGGAGUGAAAUGGAAUCAGAAGAUGAGUGUCGGAUAACUCGGUGUGUGUGGUGUGUUGUUCUGGAUAAACAGUUUGUGCACAUGUGAUGAUUCUGUAUGAACAGGAAGAUGUGUGUGUAUAAAUGUUUUAAAUCUGUUUAAUGAAGAAUGUAACAGUCGUCUGUGAUUAAUGAAGAGACUGAUGAUGUGUUCAUGAAGGAUGAAGAGAAGGUUAUGAUGCGUACAGAGUGUUCGACUGUAAAAGGUAAAGUUAUCGUGUUUGACUAAAGGAUCGUCUUUAGGAUUUUUAAUGACCGUGAUGUAUUCUGGAUGCUGAUCAUCAGGGACGCGUUUGAAGAAGAGCUGCAUCGUGGAUGCCAAAGGGGUGGAAAGUGACUGCUCUUCUUUCUCUACCUUUAAAUCUGAGUGAAAGACUUUUUCACUUCAGAGCAUAUUUCUCUUCCUCCUUUCCUGCUCAUUCCUCCCUUUCUUUUAAACUCCCUCCCAUGUUUAACAUGCGACAGGAUUUCAGCGUGUGUUCGAGAGGCGAGAGGAACACACAUGGUUCCUUGGAUUUUUAUGGGUAUUCUGUGGUUCCUCAAUGUUUCUGGAGAAUUUAUCAACCCAGUAAUGAGAGGCAGAACCACAGAGUUACUGUAAGCACAGAGAACAAAACAAUAUAUAAAUAUAUAAAUGUGUAACUGUACUUGUAGUAUAUUCCUGUAUAUGGACACAAUAUUGGAAAGAAAAUAAAAGACCUGUAGAAUGGCUUCAUUUGACAAACACAA